AUGGGCCCCAUUGGCCCAUCGGUAGAAGGCAUAAGCGGAUCUGGAAAGAUUGCGAUACCGAAACUGCGGCGUGAGAGCGAUUAUAAUGCUGGAACAACCAGCGGGAGCAAGAAAAGAACUUCCCGGGCUUGUGCAGAGUGUCGCGCACGGAAGAUCAAAUGCAGUGGCAGGCAGCCAACCUGUGACCAUUGCGAACUGUGUCAGCUGCCUUGUCUGUACGUGGAGGGUAAAAGAGAACAUAACAAAAAAGGCCUCGAACGAGGUGACCGCAUGCUUUUAUUACUGAAAGACAUCGGCUCUCAAGUAGAUCUUUCACCGGAAAUGCACGAAAGGAUACAAUCCAUCCAAACUGAGGUUGAGGGCGAAGAGUCUUUCACCGAAUCUACUGAAAUCUCGAAUUCACUGAAACGUCGUCUAUCCGCAACUGCCGCAAGCGAAAAACGCCAAAAAUCCAACCCCCCCGGGACUGAUGCCGGGUGUGAAGCCGACGUAUCUGCCGAAGUCGGUUCCCAGGAGUCAGUCGAUUUAGCCCAUGAAGACUACAACGAAGACGAAAAAACCAGAGCCACUGGCUUUAUUGGACAAAACUCGGAAGUAAUGUGGGCCCAGCGUCUCGCAGAGGAACAAAACUUAGGCGAUGAUCCAGCCCCGGAAAACCACGAUUUUGGUCCCUAUGGCGAGCCUGGCGUGAGUGAAUCGGCCAGAGAAGGGCGGUUGUCUGCUAGCAAGAAGCGUCAUUCGACACAGCGAGCAAAUCCAGGAAAGAUCUCCGCCUUCACAUAUCACCUUGACGACAACGACGUCCUUCUCCUCGAUUGCGUGGAGGAAAACGAACUCCCGCCAGUAGAUAUAGCGAGGCAGCACUUUGACUGUUAUAUGUCAACCGUUCAUGAUAUUAUCCCUAUCCUUUCGAGGACAGACUUUACAGAUCAGUUUGAGAAGUACUUGGACUGCCAAGAUCCGGAAAGACUGUCCAAGAAAUGGCGCGCCAUCUUGAAUUUGGUUUUCGCCAUAGGAUCAACUUUUGCUCAUCUUGUCCAAGCAGCCUGGUGCGGUGACGAGCGCGAUCACCGGGUAUAUUACACCCGCGCAUAUACUCUCGGUAUUUUUCCAGAGGCUAUGGUGGCACACCCUGACUUACAGAGCGUUCAAAUACUCGGCAUGACCGCAUUCUACUAUCUGACCAUCAGCCAGAUCAACAGGGCUUGGGUUACCAUUGGCAUAGCAUGCCGGCAUGCAGUCGCAUUAGGCCUCCACCUCCGUAUGGAAAACAAUUCCCUCUCUCUCAUUGCCAAAGAGAAAAGAGUGCGCGCCUGGUGGUCCCUUUAUCUCAUAGAACACCUUCUCUGCGAGAUUACAGGCCGUCCAACGUCAAUCAACCACCAGUUCUGCUCAGUGCGGAUGCCCGCUCCCAUCAAUGAAACAAGUCUCUCGACUCAAACAGGUCUGACCAAGCUUGAAAGAUGGGACCAAAUGACCGAUCUUUGGCGUUCUCCUGCGGAUAAUAACGAAAUACUAUUCGAAAGCGGCUCCGAGAAGGACAGCAAGUCUAAGGACUUGGCAAAUGAUUCAAGUCACUUUAAACAUCGCAUCCAGCUCGCUAUCCUUACCCAGAAGAUAUUUGUCAAUCUCUACUCGGCUGACACUCCCAUAAAGUCCUGGGAAAGAGCUCAGUCAGAUAUCGUCGCACUACUACAAGAGGUAGAUGGCUGGUAUAGCGCCCUUCCACCGGAAUUCCAAUUUGGGCGCAUUUUGAGCCCGGACCAUGAUCGCAAAAGGGUCCUUCUGGCGUUCAUGUUCUACAGCUCCAAGAUUUUACUUAGCCGCCCUUGCCUCUGCCGCAUAGAUUUACGGGUGCCCAAACAAGGAGCCAAAUCCAAAGACUUGAACAACAGGAUGGCACGCGAGUGCGUAGUAUCGGCAAGAAGCAUUGCCAACCUGUUCCCAGAGGACGUUGACAGCCGAUGGGUUUACAGGAAGGGUCCGUGGUGGUGCAUCGUCCAUCAUAUCAUGCAAGCCAUGGCCAUUCUCAUGUUAGAGCUGGCCUUUCAAGGCCGCCACAUGGCGGAGCCUGGAUUGGACAAAGGUGCAAUCAUCGAGGCAGCCGAAAAGCUCACGAAAUGGCUGGUGCGGAUGGCGGAG